AUGCUUGGCCCAAAGCUUCACUGCGGUGGAGCCAUCAUAACAGACCAACAUAUCCUGACCGCUGGUCAUUGUAUUACGUUUGGUGUGAGCUACAAAGACUUGACAGUAAACGUUGGGAUGCAUGACCGUUUAGGGUCGUCGUUUUCUGUGGUGCGGCUAAAACAUGGCGUGAAGCACCACGCCUUCACUUCAAAUGCCGUACGGGAUAUAAACGAUAUUGCUGUUCUGACUUUGGAUAGAAAACUAAACUUUUCUGACACUGUACGGCCUAUCUGUUUACCCGAUGAGAAUAUGGAUUUUCGGGACAUGUCUUUAACUGUAGCUGGCUGGGGAAAGACUAGACAAGGAGCCCUGACGUCCUCCCGAUAUUUAUUGGAGACCAGGGUUAAGUUAGUGGAUAUGCGGACUUGUAGUAAGGCAGCAAUUUAUAAAGAUAAUCUUGUAAGAGACACAAUGGUCUGUGCUUACAGUCUUGGAAAAGAUGCAUGCCAAGGAGACAGCGGAGGCCCGUUGUUUGCAACACACAAUAAAACUCGAAAUAAGAAGUGGUACCAAGUUGGUAUAGUUUCAUGGGGAAUUGACUGCGCAAAGAAAGAUUAUCCAGGUGUGUAUACUGUCGUUUCAAAAUACGUGUCAUGGAUUAGACAACAAACUAAAAAUGGGACCUAUUGCAUAUAA